UGCUGUCGCCGCGCCGCCGCCGAGUGUCAGUUUCUGCGCCGCCGCCUGCGUUCUCCCCGCUCGGCCCGGCCCAGCCGCCUGUGCUCCCCGGUCCCGGCGGCCGCAGCCCUCGUCAUGGCGCACUCGGCGCCCGCCGUGCCGCUGGGCGCGCUGGAGCAGGGCUGCCCCAUUCGCGUGGAGCACGAUCGCCGGCGCCGUCAAUUCACCGUCCGGCUCAACGGGUGCCAUGAUCGUGCUGUCCUGCUGUACGAGUAUGUGGGCAAGCGAAUUGUGGAUCUACAGCACACAGAGGUCCCUGAUACCUACCGUGGGCGUGGCAUUGCCAAGCACCUUGCCAAGGCUGCUCUAGAUUUCGUAGUGGAGGAGGACCUGAAGGCCCAUCUUACGUGCUGGUACAUCCAGAAAUACGUCAAGGAGAACCCCCUGCCACAGUAUCUGGAGCGCCUGCAGCCGUGACCUCCAGGCAGGCACCCUGCGGCCCUCCCUCCACGCGGACUCCCUAGGCCGCGUCCUCUCAGGACCCUGCUCCCACCACUGGGAACAGGCUCAGAGUUAUUUUUGUAAGGAUGCAGCCGGGUCCAGGUUCCUGAAGGUGCCUGCCUGAGGCUAGGCGGUGCUGCGGUGACUGAGAGAAGGGGAGGCCAAAUGGUCAAGGUCCCCCAGCCCCCUCCUGCAGAGACCCUCCAGCUUUGCACAGACCUUCUGUGGGCACUGCAAGGAGGCCUGGGGGCAACUGGAUCCCUGCUCUGUGAUCAGCAGAAGGCCGGCGUGGGACCCCGGCCACCAUCUCCUAGAGCUGUGUCCUUUCUGAAGAUGAGGAGGAUGCUCCCUGGAGUCAAGAGGAGCAACAAGAAACUUCAUGUGCCAACUUUCGAAGAUGGUAGUGCCAAGCCUCAGCUACCACCAGCACUACCCCCUUCUCUUUCUCAGACUUUGGUGCCCUGGCACAGGUGGCAGAGCCACAGUAAAGGGCUAUGUACUUGAUGUGAGAGAUAAGAGUGCUGGAUGGAGCUCCAGCCCAGGCUUCCAGGCUUCACUGCACACAUGCUCACAUCAACACAUGGGUGUGGACAGGCCGGGGGCAAUGAGUAUCUUCCUCCCCUGGUACCCUCAUUUUCUGUCUACUCUGCAAGAAACCAAGGUCACGCCCUACCCCAGGAGGUACUCACCUCCCCCCCCACCCCCCACCC